AUGUCCUACCGUUCAUACAACGAUAACCGCGGUCGUGGCCAGUCCUACGGUCCACGUCGUGGUAGUCGAGGCGGAGCUCGCGCGUUCCCCAAUACAUCGCUCCCAGGCGACCGAGAGAUGAUGGAUGGUCUCAUCUCCACACCCAUCCUUACUCUGGCAAGGCCUGCCGAUGUAGCAGGCAAGGCGAUAGAGAUCAAGAAUCUGGAAUAUCUCGGAUCGUACAACUGGGUUAACAGCACAGAGCCGAUUAUCCUCGUCCCCGGCUCUCCCCCUAUUUGGCGUAACCGCCCGACCCCGUAUGCAGUCCCACGCGAUACUGGGAUGAGGUUCGUGGACCAGAGCGGGUACCGCAUGCCCUCCUCCAUCCUCCUUCCCUUGUUCCGUGCGACCGACGUGGUAGCCGAACAGAACGGCACGAGUGGUAUUGACUGGAAGAAAGUUGACUUCAUUACCGACCGGAAUGGUCUACGCAAGCUUCUGCGAUGGAUCAAUGAUAAGGAUGGGUCCGCGAAGGAGUUCAGGAUCGACACCCAGCUCGCGGGUAAGGGUGCCAUCCUGUUCAAUCGGUGGGAGAAGCGGACCCGCGAAGAAGCUGAUCCUAGCAUCUGGAGCUACGGAUUCAGCUUUGAACGCGAGAGCACUACACCUGCCAAGGGCUGCGAACAAAGCAGCGGGCAUCACAGAAUCGUGAAAUAUGACUUUGAUGGCUUGCAGCUCGUGGUGCGCUUCGAGGUGGAUGCGUGUGUUGCCCAGCCGAGUGCAGCCCAGGCACCUACCUCCACAGUGAACGCCGACAGCCUUUCCGACCUGCUUUCAGGUCUCAAUGUCGCCCGGGACUCUCAGACUCCGUCCGCGUCUAAGAAGACGGACACUGCGUCUGGCACUGGACUUGAGGUCCAGCGUGCCGGCUCGCAGGUGCCUCAGAGCUCGCUCAUUGAGAUGACGACGCGCUCCAAGCAUCGCGUCGCCCUAUUUGAUUGGGUCGAUGCGUUUCCCCAGCUCUUCCUCUCCCAGACUUCUAACCAUUAUCUCGCUACCCACGACCGUGGCAGGUUCGAGACGAUCACGAAGCGAAAGCUGGGCGACCCGGAGCUGAAGCGCAUUCAGGACGACGCACAGGCGAGCUUCAGGAAGCUGCGGCGGGCGCUGCAGGAGAUCAAGGAUCUCGUCAUGCUUCAUGGGAGGCGCGGGCGGUUGAGUCUGGUGUUCCGUGAGGGUAAGUUGCAGGUCUUAGAGAGGGUCAGCGAAGCCAGCUGCCUGCCGGAGACCAUCAUGAAACGCUUCGAGUGA